AAAGGAACAAAUCUUUGACAAAUCUUUUUGUGUCGUCAUUUUAACCCCUGCCAGAUCAUAUUAGCAAAGAGUGGCUAUGUAUCUAUCUCGUCUCCCAUUCCCCACAUUCCCACAAGAAGAAGAGACAAGUGAGAAGUGAUGGAAGCAGAAAUGUGUCCUCACGUGCUGCUUUUCCCUCUUCCAAUACAAAGCCCUAUCAACUCCAUGCUUCAACUUGCCGAGCUCUUUUGUCUUGCUGGUUUGCAAGUCACUUUCCUCAACACCAACCACAAUCAACACCUUCUCUGCCGUCACACCAACGUUGAAUCAAGAUUCCGACAAUAUCCCAAAUUCCAGUUCCGAACUAUUCCCGACGGCCUUCCGGAAGAACAUCCGCGGUCGUCGGAGCUGUUUGGAGAGCUUAUUAGCUCCUUGCAAGCUGUGGCGCAGCCUUUCCUUAGAGAAAUAUUGCCCGGGGUGACGUGUGUUAUACCAGAUGGGUUAUUUUAUUAUGCUGUGGAUAUUGGUAAUGAGGUGGGAGUUUCAGUUAUUCCCUUUGAUACUAUUAGUCCUUCUUGCCUCUGGGUUUACCUCUCUUUCCCCAAACUCAUUGAAGCUGGAGAUAUUCCCUUCAAAGGAAAUGACUUGGACGUAUUGAUAGAAAAUGUACCUGGAAUGCAAGGUCUUCUAAGGCGUCGUGAUUUUCCGUUCUAUCGCCUCACCAAUUGUGCGACAGACCUCUAUUGCCAACUCGCUCUCAAGGAAAUUCGAAGUAUCCCUCGAUCCCAUGGACUCAUAUUAAACACAUUUGAAGAUUUAGACGGCCCAUUACUAUCUCUCAUUCGCUCUCAUUGUCCUAAAGCGUAUGCUGUUGGGCCGCUACACUUGCAACUCAAGACAAGGCUUGCUGAUAAAAGAAUGCCCCUGCCCUCUUCAAAUAGUUUGUGGGAAGAAGACCAUAGUUCAAUUCAAUGGCUCGAUGUACAACCCAUAGAAUCAGUAAUUUAUGUAAGUUUUGGAAGUCUUGCAACUUUGACAAGGGAGGAAAUUUUGGAGUUUUGGCAUGGGUUAGUAAAUAGCGGAAUAAGAUUUUUAUGGGUAAUGAGGUCCAACUUAUUGCGGGAAGAAGAGUUUAACCACCAAUUUGUGAAGGAGCUUAUGGAGGGUUGCAAAGAAAGAGCUUACACCGUGACUUGGGCUCCACAAGAGAAGGUACUAGCCCACCCAGCUAUUGGUGGGUUUUUAACUCAUAGUGGGUGGAACUCAACUAUGGAAAGUAUUGUUCAAGGAAAGCCCAUGAUCUGUUGGGCUGUUUAUGUGGACCAACGAGUCACUAGUAGAUUUGUGGGUGAGGUAUGGAAAAUUGGGGUGGACAUGAAAGACAUAUGUGAUAGAUACAUUAUUGAGAAGGUGGUGAAAGAUCUGAUGGUAACAAAUAAGGAUACGUUCAAGAAAUCGGCUAACAAUUUAUCCAUGUUAGGAAAACAAAGUGUUGGAGAAGGAGGUUCAUCGUACAAUGCUUUUGAAUAUCUCGUCGAGGACAUUAAAAAAUUAGGCAGAAGAGGGAAGGAUACCAAUCCUAACUGCAUAGGAUAAACAAAGUAAAGCUAGCAAUCCUUAUUCUGUAGACAAGUGCAAUUAAUAUAAAUGUUACCGGCCAUAUAUAUCCACCUAAAAGAAUAUAUUAUUUU